CAUAUUAUGGGCAACAGCUCUUUUAAUUAAUAUAUCAUCAUCAUGGCUAAUGAAUGCUGUCCCAAGGCUGGUGAUAGUCCUUUUACAUCAGAUAAACAUGCCCAAUUCAUCAUGACCCAGAUCAAUAAAAUGAGGAAUGGACAACAUUUCUGUGAUGUGCAGCUACAAGUUGGGAAGGAAACUUUUAAAGUUCAUCGGCUGGUUUUGGCUGCCAGUAGUCCCUACUUUGCAGCUUUGUUCACUGGAGGAAUGAAAGAGUCCUCGAAAGAUGUUGUACAGAUUCUAGGGAUUGAAGCUAGAAUUUUUCGUGUACUUCUAGAUUUCAUUUACACAGGUGUAGUGAAUAUAGGUGUGACUAAUGUCCAGGAGUUGAUUGUUGCAGCAGACAUGCUGCAGUUGACUGAAGUUGUUAAUCUUUGCUGUGAAUUUCUGAAAGGACAAAUUGAUCCAUUGAACUGCAUUGGGAUAUUUCAGUUCUCUGAACAAAUUGCCUGCCAUGAUCUUUUGGAAUUCACAGAAAACUAUAUUCAUGUCCAUUUCUUGGAGGUUCAUAGUGGGGAAGAAUUUCUGGCACUUACAAAAGAUCAGCUGGUCAAAAUACUGCGAAGUGAAGAGCUUAGCAUUGAGGAUGAAUACCAGGUCUUCUUAGCAGCAAUGCAAUGGAUUCUGAAAGAUCUGGGAAAAAGAAGAAAACACGUGGUAGAAGUGCUGGACCCAAUUCGAUUUCCUUUAUUACCUCCUCAGAGGCUUUUAAAGUAUAUAGAAGGAGUAUCUGAUUUUAAUCUUCGUGUUGCCUUGCAAACACUUUUGAAAGAGUACUGUGAGGUGUCCAAAUCUUCCAAAGAGAACAAGUUUUGUAGUUUUCUGCAGACAUCUAAGGUUCGACCUCGGAAGAAAGCAAGAAAGUACCUGUAUGCAGUAGGUGGAUAUACUCGAUUGCAGGGGGGUCGCUGGAGUGACAGCAGAGCCCUCAGCUGUGUGGAACGUUUUGACACCUUUAGCCAGUACUGGACCACUGUAUCUUCACUUCAUCAGGCUCGAUGUGGGCUGGGCGUAGCAGUCCUGGGAGGGAUGGUCUAUGCUAUUGGAGGUGAAAAGGAUUCAAUGAUUUUUGACUGCACUGAAUGCUAUGAUCCAGUUACUAAACAGUGGACAACUGUAGCUUCAAUGAAUCACCCCCGCUGUGGCUUGGGAGUCUGUGUGUGUUAUGGGGCUAUCUAUGCUUUGGGUGGAUGGGUUGGAGCUGAGAUAGGGAACACCAUUGAACGAUUUGAUCCUGAUGAAAAUAAAUGGGAAGUAGUGGGCAACAUGGCUGUGUCACGCUAUUACUUUGGGUGCUGCGAAAUGCAAGGUUUAAUUUAUGUAAUUGGAGGCAUCAGCAAUGAAGGAAUAGAGCUUCGUUCUUUUGAAGUUUAUGAUCCACUUUCUAAGCGUUGGUCUCCACUUCCUCCAAUGGGAACCAGGAGAGCAUAUCUUGGGGUGGCUGUACUGAAUGACUGCAUCUUUUCUAUUGGAGGGUGGAAUGAGACACAGGAUGCUCUUCACACUGUAGAAAAAUAUUCCUUUGAAGAGGAAAAGUGGGUUGAAGUUGCCUCAAUGAAAGUACCUAGAGCAGGCAUGUGUGUUGUGGCAGUCAAUGGGCUUCUGUAUGUUUCUGGAGGUCGAUCUUCUAGCCAUGAUUUCUUGGCCCCUGGAACCUUGGACUCAGUUGAAGUUUAUAAUCCUCAUUCAGAUACAUGGACAGAAAUUGGUAAUAUGAUAACCAGUCGUUGUGAAGGGGGUGUUGCUGUACUAUGAUAUACAAAGCAUACAAGCACACUAAACAUUUUGAAAAUAUAGCAUCUGACCUUUUGCAAAUCAAGCGUGUAUUUGGUAAUAGGACCCUGUGAUUUUAUUGGGUUUUCCAUGUGUUUGGUUGAGAAAUGACUAA